AUGGACGGGUCUUAUUUGGACGUUAAGGAGAAAUUCGUUAACGAAACACCCAUAGAGGAUAUGCAUUACAGAUCAUACUUACCGUUUUCCAGCAGCGCUAUGUCACGUGGAGAUCAAAUACGUAUUGCUGUGCAAAAUACAGACGCGUAUACGUUGUUCUGUGAAAGUUACCUUUACAUCGAGGGGAAAAUAACCAGAGCCACGGGUGCAACGGGGAAACUGAGUAUUGCACAUAACGGAUUGGCGUUCUUGUUCGAUGAAAUUUCAUAUGAGGUUAAUGGAGUUGAAGUUCAAAAGGUAAAAGACCCUGGAACGACUAGUCUAAUAAAGGGGUACUGCUCGUAUUCCCUAAACGAUGUAAAUAAUUUACAAAAUGCCUACUGGUCACCAAAUGACGAUGAUCCUUCUAUUACAUAUCAUGCGGAUGAUUUUAAGUUCUCUGGAAGUAUACCACUAUCUCAUUUGUUCGGGUUUGCCGAGGACUAUAGGAAAAUAAUGAUCAACGUAAGUCAACAGCUCGUGUUGAACAGAUCACUGAAAGACGUGAACGUGUUACGCGGUACGUUGGAAACGGGUGUUACGUGGGCUGAUGAGAGUUCCAAGAAACUCAUGAAAUCAACUGUUGAGCUAACAAAAAUUGCAUGGAAAUUACCGGUCGUGCGAGUCAAUGACCGGGAAAAAUUAAAACUAUUAAAAAUCGUUGAAUCUCACAAAUCGUUACACUGUGCAUUCAGAAAUUGGGAUCUAUGUGUUUAUCCUCAACUUCCUGAAACGACUAAGCAUUCCUGGAUGGUUAAAACCACCAACAGUGUAGAACGUCCACGUUAUAUAUUACUCGCUUUUCACACCGCUGAUAAUGCUGGACUGUCAGGGAAACGUACUGAAAAAUUCGAUUCAUGCUCCAUCACCAAUCUCAAAGUGCAUUUAAACUCAGCUGAAUACCCAUACGAGAAUGAAUUGAAUUUGAAUCAUCUGCAAACAUCGCAGCAGGGACCAGUGCUUAUUGUCUAA